AUGCCGGCCACAGAUGCUCUCCAGCCCUCCCUAACCAAGGCGGAGCGUCAAAUUUGCAAAGAAUACGGCGGCUGGACCAAUUUUAUGCAGUCCAUGGGGCUUAAGCCGUGGGAUUCCGAUGACGCGGAAGAGGGCAAGGCUAUCCUAGCCGCAUUUGCGAGGAGAGACAAAGAAGAAGAGGAUAAAGCUGCCAACAACAAAACCAAUUCCAGUAGCGGCUCUAAAAGUGGUUAA